GACAAAUUGAAAAUCAUGGCUGCGAAGCCCAAACUUUAUUACUCCAAUACAAGAGGCAGAAUGGAAUCUGUGCACUGGCUGUUGCCUGCAGCUGGGGUGGAGUAUGAAGAAGUGCUUUUCAGAACAGCUGAAGAUUUUGAGAAUUUAAUUAAGGGUGGAAAACUAACGUACCAACAAGUGCCAAUGGUUGAAAUGGAUGGAAUGUACAUGGUACAAACCAGAGUCAUCCUGAAAUACAUAGCUGCAAAAUACGACCUGUAUGGGAAGGACCUGAAGGAGAGAGCACUGAUUAACAUGUAUACGGAUGCCAUCUCGGACCUGAUGUUUUUGACCAGGGAGUCUUAUUUAAAGCCACCUGAAGAAAAGGAGAAGGAGAUUAAAGUUAUCCUGGAGAAAGCCAAAAGUCGGUAUUUCUCUGUCUUUGAAAAGGUUUUGAAAAACCCCGGACAGGAUUAUCUGGUUGGCAACAAAUUUAGUUGGGCCGACAUUCACCUGCUGGAAUUUAUUUUGAUGGCAGAAGAAUUAUGUGCUACUGCGCUCUCUGAAUUUCCACUGCUGCAGGCAUUUAAAACAAGAAUCAGCAACAUCCCUACAAUUAAGAAAUUCCUUCAGCCUGGUAGUCAGAGGAAACCCCCACCAGAUGACCACUAUGUGACUACUGUGAGGAAGAUUCUACAGUUUUAAUGGCCAAGGGUAGGUCAAUUAGGGAAUGGAAAGAGAUUCAGCUCAUGAAUCAGAAGAUAUGGAUUCAAAUCCUCCCUCUGAUGCUUGCAACUUGUCCCUGGCCUUCACUUUCCUCAUCUGUAAAAUGAAGGGCAUGGAUUAUGGUCCCUUUGAGCUCUAUAUCAAUGACUAUGAAGUAAAGAGUAUAAAGAUUUUAGCCAUAUUAUCAUUAAUAGCACAGGGUCAACGUCAUAGUGGAUAGCCGAAGCCUAUCUCUAGAUACUAAAAAUAAAAUGUUAGAAGAGUACAAAACUAAUGAUGCCAACAAAUGCAAAGCUGAUUAAAUUAAUAAUAUCUUUGUGGUGUA